CAGGGGUGGACUGACCAUUUGGAAACUCGGGCACUGCCCGAGGGCCUGGGGUCAGUAGGGGGCCCCAUGAGAAGCCCCUGGUACCUUUUUCAUAGGCUUUUUUGAGUUUGGGCAAGGACACAGGGGCCCCAUGAUCCCCUAUUACCCGGGGGCCCCAUGAGUAGUCAGUCCGCCCUGGUUUCCGCCCCUGGCUCUACCUGUUUUUAAACCAUGCUCCUACAUUGUCACCCUGUCACAUAAUCUUCUGACUAGAAUUGGCC